AUGGAUGACCAAAGCUCUGGAUCGGUCAGAAUCGAGAAGCUGACCGCAUCUAACUUUUACAUCUGGAAGCAGAAAAUCCAGCUACUGCUUGCUCUCCGAGAUGUCGAUCAAUACGUUUUUGAUGAUAUCCCGGAGAAUGCGACCUCAGAUGACCGGAGAAAAUGGAUCCGUGGUGACGCAAAAGCAAAGGCAGUCAUCGGACUCACGCUUUCUGAUGACUACUUGCAACAUGUGCGAGGGUGUAGCAGUGCGAAAGAGACAUGGGAAGCAAUUCUGAAUGUGUUUGAGCGUCAUACUUUGCUCAACAAACUUGCCGCCCGUCGCGACUUUUACACUGUAUCCAUGCUCCCAUCCGAGAAAGUGCUCGUGUUCAUUAAUCGUGUGAAGCAACUUGCUGCCAGAUUGCAGUCAAUGAGUGUUGAGAUUGACGAUAAAGAAAUUGCAAUGGCUGUGUUGAAUGGCUUGCCUCCACGAUUCGAUAACUUGAUUGUUGCUCUUGACGCACUUGGCAAUGAAGAUAAAGUGUUUGGACUCGAGUUUGUGAAGAGUCGUCUGCUGCAAGAAGAGCAACGAGAAAGCAUGAAGACCGCUUCUGCUUCAUCACCACAUGCACCUGCACUUGUCAAUCGUAUGCCUAUUCUACGCGACAUGAAAUGUACGAAUUGCAAUAGACAUGGGCAUACUGCAGCGCGUUGCUGGGGCAAGGACCCAAGUGCAUUCGUUUCUCGAGAUGACAAUUCCACUGCUGCCUUUGCUGAGAGUGACUUUACUUGCUUGCUUUCGACUUCCACCCCAGAAAAGAGGGCUGCAAAUGCAAAGUCAUGGCUUGUCGAUUCCGGUUGCAGCGCUCACAUUACGUUUGAUCGCUCUUUGUUCGUUACGUAUGAACAGAUGCAAUCUGAACAGAUGCAAUCUGGAUCAGUCGACAUGGGCACGAAGGCUAGAGCUAAUUUCGCUGGUCACGGCGAGGUAGAAUUCAUGUUGAACGGUUUGCAAGUGUCAUUUGAAAAUGAGAAAUGCCUCGUUACUGCAGGACCAACUGUAGUUGCCACAGCGAGUCAAGUUGGAGAUUUGUACAUACUUGACGUUAUGAAUGAAACCUUUUCUGCUCACGUAGUUACCCUGCAGACGCUACAUGAACGCAUGGCCCAUGUUAAUGUACAAGGAAUCGCAUCAAUGAUUCACAAUGAUGUGGUAAGUGGCAUCAACUCUGACAAUCACCCUCUCAUUUGUCCUGCGUGUGUGUUCGGGAAAGCAACGCGAUCAGUAAUCCCAAAACAGCGAUCAUCGUCUCGAGCACAGAACUGUCUUGACUUGGUACAUUCUGAUGUCUGCGGUCCACUUGAAGUACAGUCAGUUGGUGGCUCGAGAUACUUCAUUACAUUUGUAGAUGAUCACUCGAACUGGGUUGUUGUGUACACGAUGAGAAAUAAAUCUGAGGCGUUUGCAAAAUACAAGUUGUAUGAAAAGUUGGCUCAAACCCACACUGGUCGCAAAGUAAAGGUGCUUCGCACUGAUCGAGGGGGAGAGUACUUGUCGACGGAAUUCAAGUCGCAUUUAGAUUUAAACGGUACGCAGCACUAA